AUGAAGAUCAUCAUCGUCGGCGCCGGGAUCGGCGGGCUCUCAGCGGCACUGGCUCUUGCGCUGCAAAGGCCACCCCAGCAUAGCGUGACGGUGCUGGAAUCGGCGCCGCAGCUGGCAGAGAUCGGCGCGGGCGUGCAGCUGACGCCCGACGCCAUCAAGUUCUUCUUCCGCUGGGGGCUGCGCGACGAUAUCGUGGCCAGGGCCGCGUUCCCAGGCACGUUCUUCAUCCACGGCUGGAAGGACGGGCGGGUGCUAGGGAGCGUCGACGUAAAAGCGUUGGAGGUCGAGUACGGCGCGCCGUAUGUCGUCGUGCACCGUGGCGUGUUGCACGAGAUCCUGCACCGCCAUGCCGUCAGGGCGGGGGCGCAGGUGAGGGUCGCGUCGAGGGUGGUCGAGUAUGAUUUCGAGGGCGGCGCCGUGGUGUUGAAGGAUGGCAAGAGGAUGGAUGCGGAUUUGGUCGUUGCCUGUGACGGCAUCAAUUCCUUUGCCCGGACGCAGUUCCUCAGGGAGCAGGACCGAGGCGCUCAACGAACCGGCUGGGCGGCAUACCGCACGAUGGUAGACGUCGCGAGCAUCCAGGCGAACCCUGCGACGGCCGACUUGGUCGAGCAACACAACAACCACCUUUGGAUCGGCGAAAACUGCUCAGCCAUGACCUACAUGAUCUACGAGUCCACCAAGCUCAACAUGGUGCUCUCGCACCGGGACGACGUCGACACCACGGCCUGGACACCCUCGCAAUACCACGGCACAAUCAAGUCCCUCUUCCACGGGUGGGACGGCAAGCUCACGAGUCUGAUCGACAUGGUGCGUGCGGACACCAUCAACAAUUGGCCCGUGUAUCAGGUCGAGCCACUCCCCAGCUGGGUGUCAAAGUCCGGCAAGUUCGUGCUCAUGGGCGAUGCCGCGCAUGCAAUGGCGUUCUAUCUGUCCAUGGGCAUCUCCAUGGCCGUGGAAGACGCGGUUGCGUUGGCAGAGUGUCUUUCGCUGCUGGAAUCAGCAACGACGACAUGCAGCACCGAUACGAAAGGCGAUUGUGCAGCCAGAUCCAAACCAAGACCAUCUCUCUCAUCCGCCCUCGGUCUCUUCGAAUCGGUCCGCAAACCCCGUGCUGAGGCAGUCCAAGCCGCCAGUCUUCGCGCCGGGAACAUUUUGCACCUUCCACCCAGUGCCGCGCAGGAGACGAGGGACGCCAUGUUGCAAGUCGACGGAAAAACGGAGAGUGAGGAAGAUAGACAAUACGUGUAUGGGAUCGCCGACCGGGAGACGAGGGACUGGUGUUAUGGGUAUGACGCCGCCUUGGAGACGCGAAAGGCUUGGAGCGAGCUAUUCGGGUAGCGAACAGGAUCCUCAGGACCGGAGAGAAGACUGAGUAUAUAAUCUGAGAAUGGCUCCUCAUCGGCACUGGAGGGCGAAGAAAUAGAGACACUGGAGGGCAAAAGGCAGGGCAUCACAGGGACAAUGGUAUGGGAAACAGAACAGAGCAGGUAAAACGGUACCAGCGAAUGGCAAAAGGAAAUCUGAGAUGGCGAGUUGGAUUCUCUUAGAACUAUUUGGCUAUGUGCAAGUGCUCGCCUCGUUGCCAUAGAAUGAAGGCAAGGCUGAUCAGCCGCCAUAUGCCACUGAUAUACACUCCGUUGAUGAUGCUGACUUCGGACGAAGUAAGCCGACAGAAAACACAAUGAUUG